GGAACACGUAAACACGCUCCGUAACAGUAGUAUAAAUGUACAAACUAAAUUUAAAAAUUUGUGCAAACUUGACAAUUUUUUGACUGAUUUACUGUGUUCGUGAUAUUUUAAAGACGGAUUAACAAAAACGCCCACGACUUACAAAAGGAAAAAUGAAGAGAGAGCUAAAUGGAGUGCCGGUUCUUUAAGAAACGCAAUUGAAUGUGUACAAAAUCGUACAAUGGGUGUAAAUGAAGCCGCCAGACAAUUUGGAAUACCUAAAACAACGCUAAAAGAUAGGAUUAAGAAGGGGGUCGCAAUAAAACAACACAGAUUAGGUCCGUCGUCAGCGUUGGGAGAAGAUGCAGAACUAAAAUUGGUGCGAUACAUAAAAAAAUUGCAAACAUUUGGAUUUGCACCAGAUCGGGAAUCCGUCAGAAUAUGGGCUUUUCAACUUGCAGAAAAAUUAAAACUGAAGCACACGUUUAAUAAAGAAAGAGGCAAGGCCGGUUAUGACUGGCUUAACUCGUUUUUACGUCGACAUCCUGAUAUAUCGAUUAGAAAAGCCGAAGGAAUUUCUUUUAACCGAGCGACUGGAAUGAACCGUCUGUCUGUGAAACACUAUUUUACCCUUUUAGAAAAUGUUCUCACUGAUAACCACCUUCAUAGCAAACCUUCAAAUGUAUUCAACAUGGACGAAAGCGGUUUGCAAUUAAACAAUAGACCAACCCAAGCUUUAGCCGCAAAAGGAUCAAAAAAUUCAGAAGGAUAAAAAGAAAACAAAGAAAAAAACAAAUGUCCAAUUCAGAAAAAAACUGUGGUUAAACAGAAAAAAACAUUAGAAGAUUCAGAUUCGGAGAGCGAAAGUGAUACGUCAGCAGAUGAAUGGGACGAAAACGAAUGCGUAGGAUGUGGGGAAAAUUAUUUUAAAACCACUAAGAAUGACGAAUGGCUCAAAUGUGUGCAAAGUAGUCGUUGGUUUCAUAAUGGAUGCUCAAAAUUCGAGAAUAUUUGCGAUAUAUGCGGAAAAUUGAAGUCGAAAAAAUUAAAUGCAUUUAUACGAUUUAAUUCUACCCUUAUUAUUAUACUGUUCAAAC